AGAAAAUGCCUUUACUGCCAAAGCCCCAGGCUUUAAGAUUUUUUUUAGUACUAUUUUCAGUAUUUUGAUAUUUCACAUCAGUAAACAUGUCAUAUAUAUAUUCCUUUAAUUGUAUUCCAUUAAUAAUAAUAACCAAAGCAAAUCCUUGAAGGCUUGAACCACCCCCACCAAAGAAUUUUCUCACUGUUUUUAUUGCAGCAGAGAUUUUCCUUACUGUAUAGGGACCUCAAUGUUUGGGUUUUUUAAUACCUAUAUUUUUCUUUCUCUGUCUCUAUAUCUCUCUUCCGUCUAAACUCAGGGUGGCAGGCACGAGAGUUUUCUACUUUCCUGUCACUCUUUUCUUCUUUUCAUGCCAGCAGGGGGAGGCAGUGAGGACCCUCAUAGCUUUGGCCAUGGCUACUGACACAUUAGAGUUUUGAAGAAGGCUGCAUAUUUACUUCCCACUACCUGCUAGAAUCAAGGAGAGGAGAAAAAAAGAGAGGGGAAAUACAUGACUGCAUUAGACCAGCCCUGCAGGCUGUGACAGUCAGUGGAUUAAAGGAGAGUGAUUUCUAAUUUCUAUUAUAUUGUUUCUUUGCUUUUGGAGGCUUUGCUUCAAUGGGAUCAAAGAAAACAAGCCUUGUUCUUCUCUUGGUUUUGCUCUGCUCCUGUGCUUCUUCUUCACUAGCCUUUCUAUCCCCUAAGGGAGUAAACCCUGAAGUUCUUGCUUUGAUGGAUAUUAAAUCCGCUCUAAAGGAUCCUCAUGAUGUGCUGGAGAACUGGGAUCAGGACUCUGUUGAUCCUUGCAGCUGGAACAUGGUCACUUGUUCUCCAGAAAACUUAGUAAUUGGCCUGGGAACUCCUAGUCAGAAUUUAUCCGGAACUCUCUCUCCAACAAUUGGAAACUUGACUAAUCUUCAAACUGUGCUUCUGCAGAAUAACAACAUAACAGGGCCAAUCCCACUUGAGAUUGUAAAGCUAUCAAAGCUUCAAACUCUUGAUCUCUCCAAUAAUGACUUCACUGGUGAAAUACCCAACUCCGUGGGUCAAUUGAGAAACCUCCAAUACUUGCUUAACAAUAAUAGCUUGUCUGGAGCAUUUCCUCUCUCCCUGGCCAAUAUUACAGAGCUUGCUCUACUGGACUUGUCCUACAAUAAUUUCAGUGGCCCAGUGCCGAAGUUUUCAGCUAGGACUUUCAAUAUUGUAGGAAACCCUCUGGUUUGUGCAACUGGUUCAGAAAAUGAAUGCUAUGGAACUGUGCUGAUACCUAUUUCCAUCAACAGAAAUAAUUCACAGGGAAAUCCAUGCCUAGACAGACCUAAGAGUCACAAGCUUGCUCUUGCAUUGGGAACCAGCAUUGGAUGCCUUUUUUUACUUGUCUUCGGUUUUGGGAUGUUCAUUUGGUGGAGGCAGAGGCACCAUCAGCAGAUCUUUCUAGAUGUCAAUGCAGACCAACAAAAUGAUGAAGUUUGCCUCGGAAACCUGAAGAGAUUUCAGUUCAGAGAGCUUCAGGUUGCAACCGAUAACUUCAGCUGCAAGAACAUAUUGGGGAAAGGUGGCUUUGGGAAUGUUUACAAAGGCCAGCUGCCUGAUGGGUGCUUAGUCGCUGUUAAGAGGCUUAAGGAUGGUAAUGCUGCUGGAGGAGAGAAACAAUUUCAGACUGAGGUUGAGAUGAUAAGCUUAGCAGUUCAUCGAAAUCUUCUCAGGCUCUAUGGGUUUUGCAUGACUGCUACUGAAAGGCUUCUAGUAUAUCCCUACAUGGCAAAUGGGAGUGUUGCAUCCAGACUCAAAGCAAAACCAGCUGUGGAUUGGAGCACUAGGAAGAGGAUAGCGCUAGGAGCUGCUAGGGGACUGCUAUACCUCCAUGAGCAGUGUGAUCCUAAGAUAAUUCACAGAGAUGUGAAGGCUGCAAAUAUAUUGCUUGAUGACUACUGUGAGGCCAUAGUUGGAGACUUUGGCUUAGCAAAGCUUCUUGAUCAUAGGGAUUCUCAUGUUACUACUGCCGUCAGAGGCACUGUUGGCCACAUUGCUCCAGAAUACCUUUCUACUGGUCAGUCUUCAGAAAAAACUGACGUCUUUGGAUUUGGAAUCCUGCUUCUUGAGUUGAUAACUGGUCAGACGGCUCUUGAAUUUGGCAAGUCUGCAAACCAGAAGGGAGCCAUGCUUGACUGGGUGAAAAAGAUCCAUCAAGAGAAGAAGCUUGACUUGUUGGUUGAUAAGGCUCUGAGGGGAAGCUAUGAUCGAAUAGACCUGGAAGAGAUGAUCCAGGUGGCUCUACUCUGCACUCAAUACCUUCCUAGCCACAGGCCAAAGAUGUCAGAAGUCGUUCGAAUGCUUGAAGGUGAUGGACUUGCUGAGAGAUGGGAGGCCUCUCAAAGGCUUGAUCAGCCCAAGUUCAAGAUGCCAGAGCUAUCUUCCUCGGAACGGUACUCAGACCUCACUGAUGAUUCAUCUUUGAUAGUCCAAGCAAUGGAGCUCUCUGGGCCAAGGUGAUAUCAACAAGUUUCUGCAUGCAAAAGGUCAUAACCAUUACAAUAUCAGAAUGUUUGUACAGUGUGUAAGGCAAGUGAGUUCUGAAGCGAGAGUAGAUAUUUAGGGCGUUUUUUUGUCAUGUUGUCUUAUUUAGGUUGUGGAGCUUGUUAAUGGUUUGUGAAUUAUUUAUAAGAAAAGCUAUGUCAUGAAAUGUAUUGUGUGCUUUGUGAAGCAAGGCUUCUUGGUUUAGUUUGAUGUUCUUGUUAAAUACUAUGUUAAAAUAGUAAUCAAAAUUUGAGCAUAAAUUAGAGCUUCAUUUGA